GGGGGAUUUCCAGCCUCGGCUCCGCGCAGUUUCCUCUCCUUGUUUUGCUUUCGAUCUGGACUGUUCUCAGGCAAGCUGGGGAGUAACUUUUAGUUUUGCUCCUGCGAUUAUUCAACUGACGGGCUUUCAUUUCCAUUUUACACACCCUAACAACACUCACACCUUGCGGGAUUGUAUUGGUAGCGUGAAAAAAAGCACACUGAGAGAGUACCAUGCCGGUGGAAAGGAUGCGGAUGCGCCCAUGGCUGGAGGAACAGAUAAAUUCAAAUACGAUACCAGGGCUAAAGUGGCUGAACAAGGAAAAGAAGAUUUUCCAGAUCCCCUGGAUGCAUGCAGCUAGACACGGGUGGGAUGUGGAAAAGGACGCCCCGCUCUUCAGAAACUGGGCGAUCCAUACAGGAAAGCAUCAGCCAGGAGUAGAUAAACCUGAUCCAAAAACAUGGAAAGCGAAUUUUCGGUGUGCCAUGAAUUCCUUGCCUGAUAUCGAAGAAGUGAAAGACAGAAGCAUAAAGAAAGGGAACAAUGCCUUCAGAGUGUACCGGAUGCUGCCCUUAUCCGAACGCCCUUCUAAAAAAGGAAAGAAACCAAAGACGGAAAAAGAAGAGCGAGUUAAGCACAUCAAGCAAGAACCAGUUGAGUCAUCUUUUGGGCUUAGUAAUGGAGUAAGUGACCUUUCUCCUGAGUAUGCGGUCCUGACCUCAGCUAUAAAAAAUGAAGUGGAUAGUACGGUGAACAUCAUAGUUGUAGGACAAUCCCAUCUGGACAGCAACAUUGAAGAUCAAGAGAUUGUCACUAAUCCGCCAGACAUUUGCCAAGUUGUGGAAGUGACCACCGAGAGUGAUGACCAGCCAGUCAGCAUGAGCGAGCUCUACCCUCUACAGAUUUCUCCUGUAUCUUCCUACGCAGAAAGCGAAACUACCGACAGCGUGCCUAGUGAUGAGGAGAAUGCAGAGGGGAAACCACACUGGCGGAAGAGGAACAUUGAAGGCAAACAGUACCUUAGCAAUAUGGGGACACGGAGCACCUACCUGCUGCCCAGCAUGGCGACCUUUGUCACUUCCAGCAAGCCAGAUCUGCAGGUCACCAUCAAAGAAGAGAGCUGUCCAAUGCCUUACAACAGCUCCUGGCCCCCAUUUACAGACCUCUCUCUCCCUGCCCCAGUGACCCCCACACCCAGCAGCAGCCGGCCGGACAGGGAGGCCCGGGCCAGCGUCAUCAAGAAGACCUCUGAUAUCACCCAGGCCCGUGUCAAGAGCUGUUAAGCCUUUGACUCUCUCUGGUGGUUGUUGGGGUUUCGUAGCUUUGUGUUGUUAUUUGUUUGUAUUUUAUUUUUUCUCUCUGAUACCUAUCUUAGACAAAUCUAAGGGAAAAAGCCUUGUCAAUAGAUUAUUGAUUGCUGUGUCCAACUCCAGGGCUGGGGCUUCUUUUUAAACUCAGGACUCCAGCCCCUUGGUAGAUGCGUAUCUCUAGAACCUGCUGGAUCUCCCAAGGCUACUCCCUCAAGUUCAUGGACCAACAGCCACACGGGCAGUGGAGGUGCUGCAUUGCCUACGGUCAAGGCCA